UAAUUAGAAGAGGAUUGGAGAGAGCCCAUUCAAUUCAUUUGCAGUGUUAGUUGGAAUUGAAAAUGGUUAGGCUUAGCUGGUGUUGGAUUAUGGUUGAAUCAAUAGUAAUCCCCAAUGGAUUCAUGAAGUGGUUUUACUUGAGCUUCUAUAUCCAUCCUUCUUUUCUAGCCCUUCUCCAAAUUUUCCUUUGGAUCACUAAGCUAUACACCUCUCUUCUAUUCUUCUUAGUUUUUGUUUCUAAAAUCUCCACUUUUCUUAUCACCAAAACCCUCAGCUUCUUCAACCGUUGCUUCUGCAACAACCAAAGCCACACAAUCAUUAUUCCAAACCACCUCACUACAACUAAUGGAUUCAAAACAAGCUUAUCAGUAGUCAAUAUUUCUGCUGUGAAAAUCUACCAACAAGAAGAAGAAGAAGUUUGGCAUGUUCUUUCUUUUAACGAGGUUUUCUCCUCGCCCUGUGACCCUAACCGACAAAGGACCACAAGUUGCAGCUCCAAUUCACCUGACUCUGGGAUAUUGAAUGAUCAGUUUUUCGCAUCUUCUUGUAGCGAAGAAGAAGAUGAAGAUGAUGAUGAUGAUCAUGUGUUCCUAUCGAGUUGUAGCUCGAAUUCGCCUGACAUGGGGAUGAGCACUGAUGAUCAGUUUCUGGCAUCGCCAGGUUUUAGCUCCUCAGCUGCUGAUGAUGAGUUUGAAUAUGAUGAGAUGAUGGCUGCUGCAGGUGUUUGUAACUUGAUAAAUUCGCCACCAGCCAUGGGUGAUGAUGAGGAAACCAAUAUUGAUGAGUAUAAUGUUGGUGAAGAUGAUGAUGAUGGUCAUCAGCUCUAUCAGGAAGUAACAGAUCCAUUCUACAAUGCAUAUUUACAAAAAAUGAAAUGGUUUGAUGUUCUCAAUCAUGAUAGAUUUUUCGCUACAAAAGCGAUGAAGAAUGAGAAGCAUAGUGCAGCAAGAAGGCUAGGAAAGAGCUUAGAGAAGGAUUUUGAGUUAGUUUAUGUGGCGCAGUCAUGCUUGUCCUGGGAGGCCCUACAUCACCAGUUCACAAAGGUUAAGGUUGAGGCUCCUCAUAUGUUGUUCCACAACAGCGUUGCAGAGAGAUUCCAGAAGUUUCAGAUUGUGUUGGAAAGGUUCCUUGAAGAUGAGAGGUGUGGAGGCACAACAAGGCAUUCUAAUUAUGUCCAUUCAAAAUACUCUCUCCAAACUCUACUCCUUGUUCCUCAACUCUCAGGGUACCAUAAUGGAAAAAGGUUGAAUGAAGGCAUGAAAGCAAUUGAAGUGUUGAAGGCCAUAGAAAAAUGUAUAGCUACUUUUUGGUUAUACGUGAAGGCGGAUACUAAGAAACUGGGAUGGAGUCGCCCGGCCCUCGAAGACCCAAGAGAUUUAUAUCUUCUACAUACCUUAACCAAGUUAUUACAAAAGAAGGAGUCAGCGUUGAGAAGAGUGGAAGGAAAAAGGAGAUGUUGGUUGAGGAGAAGAGCAGUGCAUAUGCAGGAGGAGGAGAACACAGAAUUAAUAUGUACAAAGAUAGAGAUGAAGUUGAUUGGGAGGGUGCUCAAGCUUCCCAUCAUCUCCACUUCUCACCUCCAAUGGUGUCACCACAAGCUUAGUAACUUAGAGUUCAACAAAGAUGGAAGCAUAAUUAGGGCAUACACCGGCCUCUUGUUUCCUUCUUGAAAAUAUCAUCAUUGUU